AUGCACUUCGACGGUUUUUCUCGCGCAGAGUUUUCAUCCCACAAACAAACAAAAACGCCAAGUGCCUCUCCUACGACGCACCGCACCUUUUCAUCCGCUAUCCACGCGGCUAAGUGCCUCUCCUACGACGCACCCCACUAUCCGCUAACCACGCGGUCGAGUACCUCUCCUACGACGUACCAUAUAUAUUUCAAAAUAGCCUCUACCACCAGCUUCGCAGAGCCAAAGCUAUCAGAGCUCGUUCCUACUCUUAUAGGCGAAUCCAACUUCGCUUCGUGGUCCACCGCACUUAAGUACGCGCUCGAUACUAAAGACCCUCGUCUUUUCGAUAUCCUUACCAGCAAGAUCGCUCAGCCAGCUUCCGACGAUCCAGCCUUUACAGAGUGGCUCCGCUACUCUCGUCACCUUCUUUCGUACCUUCACGCUACUAUCCACGCUUCGCUUAAGCCUUACAUCAAUACUGCUCUUGACGCUCCCGCUGCGUAUCAGAGUCUUUUCAAAACCUUCGCUGUCCACACCUACAAUAUAGGUUUCGACAAGUUCCACAACCUUCGGCCUUCAGUCGAUAAUCCUUCCGAACAAGUUCUGAUCAGUAUAUUCUCUGACUUCGUUAUCUCUAAGAAUCGACGUCUCGCGAGUUAUCCCAAUUUUAACUCCGAUCCCGUCUUUUACGACGCAAACGCGGUUCACAAGCCUACUUCCAAAGACGCUAAACCAAAGCAUUUUUGUACUUUCCACCAGCGAAAGACCGCUCACACAUCAGAGGAAUACUUCCGGAACCCCGCUAACGCUAACAACGCUAACAACGCUAAGUUAGCUAACGCGGUUAGCACUCCGGCUUCCAGCACCACCAAGACCACCGCCAAUCAACCCAUUACAGCCAAUACCGUUACCGGCAACCCUACAUUUCGCUACAACAACCUUUUCGCCACCUAG